UCGCCAGAGCUGAAACGAGCCAUGGGAUGCAGGACAAAUGCCGAAAGAAUUAGAUUGCAAAUCCGUGUAGCAGUCAUCGUCCCAUUCAUAUCUCACGUGGGGCUCACCGACUGAAGGCGAAGCGACUGAAAUGUCAAACGACUGUGAGUGAGUGGAAAGUGUUGUUGGUUUAAGCAGAAUUUACAUAAAAAUCGGAUCAUGAGAGAAGCCAGCGCUGCAUUUGUCCUCUGCCUGGAUACGCCUCAGUGCACGCCAGCUAGAGGCCACCCGGCGUGUAACAUUAGCUUCGGAUCAGCUUGAUUCCCAGCCCGUCUUCCUUGGUGGCGGCAUUAGGUGGAAAAGUGAGAAAAAGGCAAUGGUGAUGAGAAGAAAACAUGUAGACCGAACAUCCUUACACAUCUGAGUGGAGGCAAAGAGCGUGGUCGGGCGGCAAUCAGUGGAUCGGAUAAAUUGUUUUCACAGUUCAACCCGAGCUUGUGGGGGUUGAAGAGAACUUCUAGGUACAUGUGUGCAUAACUGGCGCAUAGUAUUUCAAGUGUGCUGUGUGGAGUGGAAAACGGAAAAUUCAGAAGACCAAGAGGGGAAUUGAAAAUCGCUAGUCAAUAUUAACCAUUCAAAGACGGACUGGAACGGGACCGCGCCGGUUUCGCUCGGUGAAAAGGCGGCUAACAAUGGAGAUUGUUUACAUGCAAAUUGCAAUGGUGCUCACGCUGAUAGUAGAAUGUUUGCACGGUUCUGUGCCGACUGCCCUGCAAGAAACGAAUUCACAGCAACAGCCAGCCGAUCCGGAACCGGAAUUCGAAGGCACAAUCCAGAACGUAACGUUUCCAGCGGGCCGGGAGGCAGUGUUGACCUGUUCGGUGAAAAAUCUAGGCCGCUACAAGGUUGGCUGGCUGAGAGCAUCAGACCAGACGGUGCUGGCACUGCAGGGUCGAGUAGUGACACACAAUGCCCGGAUCAGCGUGGUGCAUGAAGACAUGCGAACGUGGCGCCUGCGGAUACGACAGCUCCGCGAGUCGGACCGGGGCUGCUAUAUGUGUCAGAUCAAUGCCAGCCCCAUGAAAAAGCAAAUCGGAUGCAUCGAUGUGCAAGUCCCUCCGGACAUUAUUAACGAAGAGUCGUCGGCAGACAUUGCCGUGCAGGAAGGAGAGGAUGCUACUAUUGUGUGUAAAGCGGUUGGCCAUCCUACGCCGCGGGUUACCUGGAAACGAGAGGACGGUGAAUAUAUGCUGCUUCGAAAGCCACAGAGCCGAGAGCUGAUAAAAGUGGAUGCUUACAAUGGAACUCACCUGCACUUGCCGAAGCUGGAACGAAGACAGAUGGGAGCAUAUCUAUGCAUUGCUUCCAAUGAUGUACCUCCUGCAGUUAGCAAACGAGUUUCUCUUAGUGUUCAUUUUGCGCCAUCUGUGCGUCCAACAAGUCAGCUCCUCGGUGCUCCUCUGGGAUCGGACGUCCAGCUCGAGUGCUCCGUGGAAGCAUCGCCCAUGCCGGUGUCCUACUGGCUGAAAGGUGGACGCGUACUGCCCACCAACUUCGCCGGAAUCACCAACGGCAAUUACGAAGCGGGUCAAACGAGACCCGAAAUGCUGCUCGAUGGGCCUAAAUACGGAAUCACAGAAGAGCGACACGGAUUCCGAACGAAUAUGCGCCUGGUGGUGCGAUUUUUUUCGCCAAAUGACGUCGGUACCUAUCAUUGCGUUAGUACCAACUCGCUGGGGAGAGCCGACGGAACGAUGAGACUGUACGAAAUCAAAAUUCAUCCGGGUGGAGUGCAAACAAGCGAUGAUCAAUUAAAUAUAAUUGGAGGUCUUGCGGAAGCCGCCCGAGGUCGAGGAAACUCGAGUGCCAAUUCAUUAGUGACCAGUAGCAAACCGCUGCAUCUCAUCCUUCUAUCGAUGCUGACUGUCCUUGUCUACUGCGGGAGAUGACAGCAGCGCAUUUGCUGGACCCGACCCACACCACUGGCCCCAUCAACGCUGGCAUCGGCUUCGAACUCGCCGUGGAUGGCUUCAUUAGCAUAAGCACAUCCACGGGGAGGAUUGGGUGCGGUGGACCCCGGCAGCAAUGGCAAUCGGAUGCCACUUGAGACGACACAAAUGCAAGAGCAAAUGGCCAAACAGAGAAUAAAAACAGCGACUAAAUAAAAUAGUCGAUUGCGAAUGAAUGUGGAACGAGCGUUCGAGGAUUCGGGUGUUGUGGUGCCGAAUGAAUAUUCCUAGACAUAGAGGAACUUUUCAAUACAAUAAUGGUGAAAUAAUGAAAUAGGAUAAUAACGAUUCAUGGUAGCUAAAUGACUUCAAGUGAAAAUCUAUACUCUUUCUCUGUGCAAAAAAGCUUAACGAGAUAAACGAACGAAUUGCUGCUUGUAGUAAAUCCAAUGAUCUUAAUUUGUGGGAUCGCUUGUAUAUUUUUAGGAAGUAAGAUCAUAUCUGUGUAUUGAGAAUGGUUCACAGUUUUGGAAGUAGCCUUAGCAUUUAUAGUCGUGAUGGGGACUAUAAAUAUAAUUGAUAGUUAAAGUUUUUGUUGCUCAUUAAAUUACAGAAAAAUAAUUGAAUAUAUGAAUUAAGAUUUUAUUUAGAAAGGAGCAAAUAAAUUUUAUUAUUAUUAUAGAGAUUUUCAGCCCUAGGCUUAUCUCUUGGAUAUUAAUUCUUUUGUAAAAUAUAUUUUCAGAAAAGCAAGCUCUAAAUACAUAUGUUCAAACAGCAUUCCUUGAUAAAAGACAGUACCUGUUCUGUUUAUGGAAAACAUAUUACAAAUAAACUUAAUUGUCGUAAACAAUCUACUGUAGCCAGAAGUUUUCUCUCCAUCAUUUCACAAUUUUCACCCAUUUGUUCAUGUGAACUCUACGUUGACAUCUUACUUUAGACUUUUAUCAUUUCGCUGUUCCAAUUCCUAAUUGAAUUUGGACGGGGCAAAGGUUCGAUAAAGUUUAUCUUCCCAUCAAGAAUACUUCCAAAACUGUGAACUGUUCUGAGUGUGCACCGUUCACACUUACACAAAACUCUAAUGCUGCGCUUAAAAAACCAUAUCCACAUUAGUGAAUCUCAUGCACAUCAACGAAUAAAUGAGGGUGAGGUGAAGAAUGUUCAAGUAAAAAUCAUCAAGCAUAAUCAGCUGGAAAUGGUAGACUGAAAAUUAAGUGUGGCGCUCUGAAAGAGGAAAGUCAAACAAGAGGAUUUUAAAGGAUUAUAAAAUUGCUAUGCUAAUGGUAAGAGUAGCUGGAGAGAUGGGGGAGCA